CUUUCACUCACAGUAUGGAUAGAGCAGGCUGUGCAGGCACAAGUUACCGAGAAGAUGCUGGCCCUGAAUAUCCAUCUGCUCUUGUGGGUAUUUGGCUGCGUUCAUUUUAUAGAUGCUGAGAACAUAAAUGCAUCUCUCACUGAAGGAGGCCCAGCAGAUACUACGGCCAAGCCACGAAUCACAGCCAGCGUCACAGCAGCUAGUGUUUCCUCACCAUCGCCAGUCCCUGCAGGCCAGAACCACAGCUCAGGGAGGCUGCUGCAGGUGGCUAGAAGCAAGGACUCCUCCCCAGGAGACGGGAGACAAAGGCUGUCAACAGAAAGCUACAAGCUUCAGUCUGCAAAUAUAAACCCAUAUGCUUCAAAUGUGUUGACUUUAAUUACACCAACUCCCAUGCCCUCAAAGCAGACAACAAAAGGCCAUCUGUCUGGCCCAGCUGAGGGAAAAUCAAAAUCGGCAUCAAGAUCAGCUGCAGUUGGCACUUCGAAACAAGUGACCUUUACAACCAUUGCCUCUGACUGGAGCACAGGACCUUCCCUCCCAGACCCUGCCCCGACGGAGGAGAAAUCGGCCCUGACGAUGGCAGCAUUUGGUGUCAUCAGCUUCAUAGUCAUUCUGGUAGUUGUUGUUAUCGUCCUGGCCAGCGUGGUCAGUCUGAGAUUCAAGUGUAACCGUUCCAAAGAUGCAGAAGAUAAACAGAAACCGGGGAGCUCCGUCGUAUCGGAAAGUUGUUCUGCUGCUACAGUCAAGGACAGCAUCACUCUGAUCUCCAUGAAGAACUUAAGCACGAACAACAGUACGAGUUACCCCUCUUCGGAAAAGGUGUUAUGAAGACAGUGACAUGACAGGAGCCAGGAGGAAACACUACUAGCCAAUCUGCACUGACUUUCUAUUUUGGCAGGGGGUGACAUUUCCUUUAUAAGUUAUUACAUCCUUUCCAAUCAAUAUAUGUACUCUAAAAUCAAGCACAGUAACCCCAUGUGGGUUAUAAGAGUUUUCUCCAGCCAGAGCCAGCAUCUCACAAUGUUUCAUGUUCUAACUAUAUUUCUGAUAGGCACACAAACUUGCAGCGUGUUCUAGCAGCUCUUAGGGGGAGGAGAGCCAAACAACCUACAGCUUCACCGAUGACACAGACCACUCCCUUAAUGACCCUUUGGCAUCCAUGCCAGACAAUCAUUGGCUUGCCCCACAGCUGAUCACAAAUGACCCAGUUCAGCUUUGCACUGAAAGGCGUGAUCCAAAGCCCACUGAAACAAACAGAAAGACUCCCAUUAACUUCAGCAGGCAUAGAUCAGGCUUGAAGUGCUUUUGCUAAAUUGAGGCAUAAUUGCUGAAAGUCCCUCUCCAUGCCUCAGUUUUCCUAUCUAAAACAGGAAUGAUAUUUACCUACCUCCCAAGGAUGUUGUGAGGCUACAUCAGUUAAUGCCUGGAAAGCAGUUGGAGAUCCAUGAAUGAAAGCUGCUGGAGAGGUGCAAAGUACUUUUAUUAUAAAUUACUACAAAUUAAACUUCAGCCAGCAGAUUAGCAUGUUCCUAUGACUACAGUAUGCUCCCUGCAGGGAAUAGCCAUAACCUUUCCUUGAUAGCAAAUGUGGUCUUGGAGUAUAUGAUGCUUCCAACAGGCCUGUGCUCUGAUCCCUUCUGAAUGGGGACAGCAACAUCUCUCAGAUAAAAGGAUUCAAUUACUUGGAAUAACAGAAGUAAAGUUACUUUAACAGAA